GCUCCGCGUCUCGCCGGGAUGACUCGCAGUCCGGUCCAGCCGCACCUCCCUGGCCACGGCCCGCCCGUAUCACCACUCCUUCCCCGUCUCCCCGUAUACCAGCACCACGGCAACACCACGUUACCACCGCAUCUGCCCUGGCCACCUCCCACCCCAGCAUCCGUCUUCUUUACCCGAGGAGGCAGCGAGGCACUGACCCGCUCGCUCGCUUUGCGCUUUCCCCUUCGCUGCUGCGCACCACCGGUCCUUCCGCCGCCCGAUCCGGCCUUGCGCGAUGGUGCUGCCGAUGCUGCUGCUGGUGGUUCUUGCUGCUGUGACUGGCGUCUCCGCUGGCGGCGGUGGGGGAGAGGGAGGGGUGCGGACAUACAUCGUGCGGGUGGACGCCGACGCGAAGCCGUCGGUUUACCCGACGCACGCGCACUGGUACGAGGCAGCGGUGCUGGCGGCUGCCGGCGACGGCGCGGGGUGGCCGGAGGGCGGCCCGCUCAUCCACACCUACUCUGCCGCGUUCCACGGGUUCUCCGCGCGGAUGUCGCCGGCCGCGGCGGCGGCGCUGGCUGCGGCGCCCGGGGUGGCGGCCGUGGUGCCCGAGCGCGUGCGGCACCUCGCCACCACGCGCUCGCCGAGGUUCCUUGGGCUGUUGUCCUCCCCGCCAUCGGCGCUGCUCGCGGACUCGGACUUCGGGGCGGACCUGGUGAUGGCCAUCGUAGACACCGGCAUCUCGCCCGCCCACCGCAGCUUCCACGACCGGGGGCUCGGCCCCGUGCCAACCAAGUGGCGCGGGGUCUGCGCUUCGGGGCCCGGGUUCCCGCCCAACUCCUGCAACCGUAAGCUCGUCGGCGCGCGGUUCUUCUCCAAGGGCUACGAGGCCACCUCCGGCCGCAUGAACGAGACGGCUGAGGUCAGGUCGCCGCUUGACACCGACGGCCACGGGACCCACACCGCCUCCAUUGCCGCCGGGCGGUACGUGUUCCCGGCGUCCACGCUGGGCUACGCGCGCGGCGUGGCCGCAGGGAUGGCGCCCAAGGCACGCCUCGCGGCGUACAAGGUGUGCUGGGCGGGCGGCUGCUUCGACUCCGACAUCCUCGCGGCCUUCGACGCCGCCGUCGCAGACGGCGUUGAUGUCAUCUCGCUCAGCGUUGGCGGCGUGGUCGUGCCGUACUACCUCGACGCCAUUGCCAUUGGGGCGUUCGGCGCGACCGAGGCCGGGAUCGUUGUGUCGGCUUCGGCUGGCAACGGCGGCCCCGGUGGGCUCACGGUGACCAAUGUGGCACCCUGGAUGGCCACCGUCGGAGCCGGGUCCAUGGACCGCGCCUUCCCGGCCAACGUGCGGCUCGGCAAUGGCCAAGUGUUCGACGGCGUGAGCGUGUACGGGGGUCCUGCGCUCGAAUCCGGCAUGAUGUACGAGCUAGUGUACGCCGGGGCAAGCGGCGGCGCGUCCUCGUCCGCGGCUGACGGCUACUCGGCGUCGAUGUGCCUCGAUGGAUCGCUGGACCCGGCCGCGGUGCGCGGCAAGAUCGUGGUGUGCGACCGCGGCGUGAACUCGCGCGCCGCCAAGGGCGACGUGGUUCACCGCGCUGGCGGUUUCGGGAUGGUGCUGGCCAAUGGGGUGUUCGACGGCGAGGGCCUCGUCGCCGACUGCCACGUCCUGCCGGCAACCGCCGUCGGAGCAGCCGCCGGCGAGAAGCUCCGUAAGUACAUUGCGUCAUCCACUAAACAGAGGCCGGCCACGGGCACCAUCCUGUUCGAAGGCACCCACCUCGGUGUGCACCCAGCGCCGGUAGUGGCCGCAUUCUCGGCCCGUGGCCCGAACCCCCAAUCCCCGGAGAUACUAAAACCGGACCUGAUUGCCCCUGGCCUCAACAUCCUCGCCGCAUGGCCCAGCGACGUCGGUCCGGCCGGCAUUCCCUCAGACAACCGCCGCACCGAAUUCAACAUCCUCUCAGGCACGUCCAUGGCCUGCCCGCACGUCUCUGGCCUCGCCGCAUUGCUCAAGGCCGCGCACCCUACCUGGAGCCCCGCCGCGAUCAAGUCGGCGCUCAUGACCACGGCCUACAUCAAGGACAACAGCAACGGCACCAUUGUCGACGAGUCCACCGGCGCCGUGGCCGACGUGUUCGACUUCGGCGCCGGACACGUCGACCCGAUGCGCGCCAUGGACCCUGGCCUCGUCUACGACAUCACCCCCGCAGACUACGUCAACUUCCUCUGCAACCUGAACUACACCGAGCAGAACAUCCGCGCGAUCACGCGGCGCCAGGCGGACUGCCGCGGCGCGCGCCGCGCGGGGCACGCGGGCAACCUCAACUACCCGUCCCUGUCCGCCACGUUCGUCGCGGAGGACGGCGCGAGGGCGACGAUGAAGACCCACUUCAUUCGGACGGCGACCAACGUCGGCGGCGGGCGUGCAGUGUACCGCGCCACGGUCAGGGCCCCCGAGGGGUGCAACGUGACCGUGCAGCCGAGGCAGCUGCCGUUCCGCCGCGACGGGCAGAAGCUGAGCUUCACGGUGCGGGUGGAGGCCGCGGUGGCGCCCACCAAGAACAAGAAGAUGGAGCCGGGUAGCUCGCAGGUGAGGAGCGGCGCGCUGACGUGGAGCGACGGGAGGCACACCGUGAGCAGCCCGAUCGUCGUGACAGUGCAGGCGCCACUGCAGUGAGCAACAACAAACCCGACCGCCGAUCGAGCCGGAGCUGAUGAGCUGAUCAAGUGAAGUGAACACAGCCUCAGUGUUCUAAGAUAUUGCUCCUUGGACCGUAGGUCCAUAAGUGGUACCAUGGGAAGGGUUUUCAAGCGGUUUUAUGAUGCGUGUGCAUCUACAAUCGUGUA